UAAGAAUUCACUCCAAACUGGCCAACACAUUAUUGUCUUGUGCUUCAUAAGCAUUUUUAGUCCUAUCUAAGCAUCAAAACUCCCACACUAAACACACACACAAAAUAAACAUGGCUGUAGAAAUUGGAGAUAAAGCAGAAGCUGAGUGCAAAAGCAAUCAAGAAAUUGCAGUGACCAGAAAGCCGAUAGGAUAUGUGAUUCCGGUGUUAAGACUCCUAACAUUUGCUGCCACUCUCUCAGCAACUCUUGUUAUGGCACUCAACAAACAAACCAAAACUUUUGUAGUUGCAACUGUUGGAACCACUCCCAUCAAAGCGACUUUCACUGCUAAGUUCAGCCACACUCCAGCAUUUGUGUUUUUUGUGAUAGCUAAUGGAAUGGCCAGCUUUCACAGCAUCUUGAUGCUGGUUAUCGAAUUGUUUGGACACAAGUAUGACUUGAAAGGACUGCGCUUCGUCAUUAUUCCUGUUUUAGACAUUUUUACAGUGGCUCUAAUAUCUGGAGCAGCAAAUGCAGCAGCAUUCAUGGGUGAACUUGGAAGGAAUGGUAACUCACAUGCAAGGUGGAACAAGAUCUGCGACAGGUUUAAGAAAUACUGUGACCAUGGAUCCGCUGCUAUGCUUGUCUCUUUCAUUGCCGUUCUUAUUCUCAUCAUUAUCACCGCCAUCUCUAUCCUCAAGCUUCAUAAACGGAACUCCACCAGCUAUUCUACACUUCAUUGAUGUGUUUCCUCUGGCAAUGUAGUAUUUUAAUAUUAUGUAUGUGUUCAAAGUGGUCCAUGUGAGUGUGAGGAUCACCCUUUUCGUUUUAGUAUAAAUAUAAACAUUAAUGAAAAAGAUGGAAGUGCAAGAUUUUACUGUUGAA